AUGCCUAAGAGCGAAAAAAAGAAUCAAAAGCGUCCCGCCCGGAAGCCUGAAGAAACAAAUUCUGAAGAGGAGACUGGGGAACAAAACGGGCCCACUGACACUAAGGAUAAUGAUGGAGAUGUUAACAUGAGCGAUCUUGAUCCGGAUUUCCACAACUUGUCUGAUGAUGAGGCCUCAUGGCAACGACAACGCCGUCACAAAAAGCGGCGAUUGGAUGAUUGGGCAGCAGAGAUCAUACAAAAACUUGUGAGAAAGAGGUAUGGUGAAAUGAAAACAGAAUUUCAGUCUGAAAGCCCAGACUUUCCAAAGCUGGAAGGUUGGUUUCAAGAGGCCAAUAAAAGGAUCCAAAGCCGCAACAUAGCGAAUGGUGUUCCUGUGGAGAGCAAUCUUAUCCCUGUUACAAAAUAUCGAACUGAAUUUGACAGAUGGUCCACCUUAAUCAAUUCAGAUAUGAUAAAAGACAAUCCCGAGAAAGGAUGGAAGGCAUAUGAUGGGCUGUACAGUACCUUGUCCCUUGUCAAUCGUGAAUAUGAUCUGCCUAGCGAGUGGAACAUUUCACCUGAUGUUCCCAAAAAGCUAUUUGGAGACCGGCCAGAAAGCGUGGAGAAGCCCAGCGAGACGGACACAGACUCUGCAGUGGAAAUGCUAAUCUCUGCGCUACCUCUGACAUCCCAGCACUGCGCCAAACCUGAUACUCAAGAAUGUCAGAAAGCUCCUCAUCAUUAG